CUCUGUCCACAGGGUUAGUGCUAGUGCCGGUCCCGCGGGCAUGGGGCGAGUGCCGCCACCGCGGAGCCUUCUCCACGGGCCCUGAUGUGCGGAGAGCCCCUGGGCGCUACUGUCCAACUACUGUUUCUCCCCAGAGGUUUUUAGAACAGCCACUCUUAGACUUGACAUGGAAUUAAAGAAAACUACAUCCAGGGCGUACAAUGCUGCUCUCCUGCUGCCACUUUUCCUCUUAUUUUGGGGAACUUCAUACUCUGAAAAUGAGAGCAGCUGUUCCUCAUCCCCCUGUGAAAAUGGUGGCAGCUGUAAGGAUUUGGGAGCUGGUUACCAGUGCACCUGCCCUGUGGAGCCUGUAGCCUACAUGGGUACAAACUGUGAGCGUCUCUAUGAUGCAUGCAUGAAACACAAGUGUCCUGCCCAUAGGAUUUGCAACAGCACUCCAGGACUGCUGGAAUAUGAAUGCACCUGUAUGCCUGGCUUCACAGGUAUUGGUUGUAGCGGUGAUGUGGAUGAGUGUGAGAGCAACCCUUGUACAGACCCUGGCUUUGAAUGUGUAGGUAGUGUAAAUGGAUACACCUGUAAAUGCCAAGCAGGACUGACUGGAGAAGGCUGCCAAACAGAAAGCUCUGUCUGCUCUAGCCACCCCUGCCUAAAUAACGGGACGUGUGUCGAGGGUCCUGGGGACUAUACCUGCAUCUGCCAGCCUGGCUUCACCGGGGCCGACUGCGGAGACAACACUGACGAGUGCGCCUCCAACCCGUGCCAGAACGGAGCCAUCUGCCGAGACAGGGUGAAUGAGUAUAGCUGUUUCUGUGUGCCUGGGUUCCAAGGAUACAACUGUGAGAUAGACAUCAACGAGUGUGCCUCCCAGCCCUGUAAAAACAAUGGCACCUGCCUCAAUGAGAUGGAUCACUAUUGGUGCAAGUGCGUCCCCGGCUACACAGGUGUGAACUGUGAUGCUGAAAUAGAUGAGUGUGAUUCAGACCCUUGCCAGAACGGGGCCCUGUGCCAUGAUCACAUUGGGUUCUACACCUGCACUUGUGCACCGGGUUUCCAGGGAAUGCAGUGUGAGGUGGACAUCGAUGAGUGUGUGAGCCAGCCCUGCAAGCACAAUGGCACCUGUCACGACCUCGUUAACAGCUACCGUUGUGACUGCAGUGACACGGGCUUUGAGGGGGCCCACUGUGAGCUGGAUAUUCUGGAGUGUGCCUCUGAACCCUGUCUGAACAAUGCCACCUGUGUGGAGGGGAUCAAAAGCUACAGCUGUGCCUGCUGGCCAGGUUACACAGGGCAGCACUGCGAAGAGGAUGUGGAUGAGUGUGCUUCGGAUCCCUGUCACAACGGAGGUGUGUGCUUAGAGCGAUCCAACCAAGCCUAUUACGGAACACGGGCUGACUUCCCCAGUUCCUUCAGCUAUGGCGGAGCAGCUGGUUUCCUCUGCGAGUGCCAGCCAGGCUUUACAGGGGAGACCUGCUUUGUCAACAUUGAUGAGUGCGAGUCCCAGCCGUGUCAAAAUGGAGGCCUCUGUGUGGACCUCGUUAACAGCUUCCUUUGUCACUGCCUACCAGGUUAUUCAGGUGUGGAAUGUGCUGUUAACAUCAAUGAGUGCGAGGAGGGUCCCUGCAAGAAUGGAGCUGUCUGCGAGGAUGGCAUUGCUGACUAUACCUGCCACUGUGCCCCUAGCCAGGAUGGCAUUAUAUGGGGAGGGAAGAACUGCUCUGUCAAACUCACUGGGUGCCAGAUGCACAAUUGCCAAAAUGAGGCCUUGUGCAUUCCAACCUACCAAGCUGAGAGCCAUGGGCACCUGUGCCAGUGCCAGCCUGGUUUCUAUGAUGCCACAUGUUCAACACCAACAACGUUUUCCUUUGCUUCCAGAGGGUAUCUCUUCAUUGAGCUGCCCGUGAACAAUCAUAGCAGGAGGGACGUAGCAGGAGAUCAGUUUCCCAGCAUGUCCCUCCGGUUCCGAACCACCUUGGCCAGCGCUAUCCUUUUUUACCGAGGUCAUGAAGCUGAAUACUUGUUCCUGGAGCUAUUUGAUGGCAUCUUGCAUGCAGCACUGAAAUGGGACGAUGUUGAGUACCCGCUGCUUCUCGAGGGGCUGAGAGUUAAUGAUGGCCAGUGGCAUAAAGUUGAAGUUAUUCUGAACAGCACUGUGCAGCUGAAGCUCUGGGAUGACUCGUGUGAUGCCGGUGUCUGCCUGCAGAGCUCUUCUGUCCUGCAUGGUGCUGCUUUGAUCCCACCUGCCUUCCUGAACGUGUACGUUGGGGGUGCCGAGGAUCCAAUGGCCAACAACACCCAGAGCCAGCAAGGCUUUGUUGGCUGCCUGGAAGACUUUCAAGUGGAUGCUGAAGCUGUGCUCCCACACAAUCUGCCUGUGGAUGAGUCCUCCCCAGUGAAGCAGGGCUGUGAGCGGACAGAGUGGUGCCUCUCCGAGCCCUGCUUUCACAGAGGGCUCUGCGUGGACCUCUGGGCGACCUUCAGGUGCGACUGUUCCCGGCCUUAUGGAGGCCCAGCUUGCUUGUAUGAGAGCCCAGCAGCAACAUUUGGCUUUGAGAAUUCCAGCAGCUUUGCCUCUUUCGCCCUUUCUGAUAGCCUUGGUUCAAACUUCAACAUUUCCUUUUUCAUUCGUAGUCGGAAACCCAACGGUUUGCUACUGCAAAUCAGCAAUGAAACCGACCCCUGCCUCACUCUGUACUUGGGUGAUGGCAAGCUGAGGAUAGAGACGUUCUCUACAGAUACAGUGACGCUUCCAGAAAAUGUAGUGGAUGGGAGAAGACACUUGGUAGUUCUGUCUUUCCAGGGAGGAAUUGUUGGUGCUCACCAAUCAGACACGUAUCUGGAGCUAGGCCAGCUCAUAGUGCCCCCUCUUUUAGCUGGCUAUGAAGUAUAUGUUGGAGGACAUCCUAGCGCAGCCAGCGCUGCUAUGUGGGGAGGCUGUUUCAAAGGCUGCUUGCAAGACCUCCAGCUGAACAGCCACCAAAUACAGUUUUUUCCAGCUGAGAACUCCAGUCUGCCGCAGGAACUCAAUGGGACCCAAAUUGGGAACCUUGUGAAUGGUUGCAUCUCUGAUAACACCUGCAAGGUAGGAUGUCUCCUGUUUGUCUCUACACGUGUGCAGCUGUUUAUUACAGUUCUGUGGUUGUAGAACAGCUUGGCUCUUACCAAUAGCAGGAAGAUGAGCAGUUUUUAAGUACUGAAGGACACCCGGUCCCAUACUUUCCUACUUCUCAGUGUUCUGCAUACAGUUAGCACCGAGGUUUCUCUGGCUUCCCUGUAGUUUUUGUAGUCUGUAGAACCCGGGCAGUCCUGCUGUCCUACUGCCCCCUCUGUUUUGCCAAGCCCACACUGCUUUCCAGACUCCACUCUCUAACCAGUACCCUUCUCAGCUCCUCUCUUUGUCCUGUUUCAGUUGCAAAACAGCCUCUUCCCCCAGGAAUUUGUUGC